CUCUGCUGCAGUUUAGUCACGAGUCUGGGAACUCCUCUGAGCAGUACUGCUUCAAUUAAGAGAGAGAGAGAGGAAGGAGAGAGAGAGAGGCUGAGUGAGCGAGACAGAGAAAGAGUAAAGUGAGAGAGAGAGAGAGAGAGAGUGAGUAAGUAAGUAAGUAAGUAAGUAAGUAAGUAAAGUAAGGACCGUUUAGUUAGAGUGCUUACAAGGCAUUAUACGUACUGAGGCGAAAGAACUUUACCUUUACCACGAGGACGCCGUUUACCACAGCGCCUUUGUUCAAAGCGACCGGCAGGCUUCAUUGAAUAAGAGGACUUCUAGAGCCAAUAUCAUGGGUUCCAAACGACACCGCUCAAAGACUGAGGCAACUUUACUCCACACGGUUUACUCACUGCCUGGGCGAAUUACACUUUCAUUCGCUCUUCUUUUACCUUUGUGUGUUGCAUUCAACUUAGACGUCGAUAACCCAUCGAUAUACAGCGGACCUGAAAGCAGCUAUUUUGGUUACUCUGUGGACUUUUAUAUGACCAGCACUCCUGGCAGUGAAAGUAUCAUUGUUGGAGCACCCAAGGCUAACACCAGCCAGCCCUACAUCAGAGAGGGAGGCUCUGUCUUCUAUUGCCCAUGGAGCCAUGGUCAGGCACAGUGCAACAAUGUGGAGUUUGACAGACAAGGAGAUCUUAAUGUGACUCUCAAUGACACUGAAACCCAAGCUGAAUUCAAGUCCCACCAGUGGUUUGGAGCGACUGUGCGUGCCCAUAAUGACUCUGUUUUGGCUUGUGCACCUCUCUACUCCUGGAGAACCAAGCAGGACACGCCUGAAUCAGACGUCACUGGCUCCUGCUAUCUGUCUGUUAAUAACUUCACCAAGUUUGUCGAGUAUGCCCCUUGCCGCACAGAAUUCCAUGGAGCAAAGGGCCAAGGUUAUUGUCAAGGUGGAUUCAGUGCUGAUUUCACUAAGGAUGGGAAGGUAGUACUUGGAGGACCUGGCAGCUAUUUUUGGCAAGGACAAGUUAUCUCUGCAGUGAAGGAAGAAAUCAUCAAGGCCUACUACCCAGGCUUCUUCCUCACAUCAGUGAUGGGCCAGAUUCAGACCAAGCAGAAGAAAGAAAUCAAGUUUGACGACACUUAUAUGGGUUAUUCUGUGGCAGUAGGAGAGUUCAGUGGAGAUAAAGAAGAAGACUUUGUGACAGGAGUUCCCAGAGGAGUGCGUCUGCAUGGCCAGGUAUCUAUUCUUGAUGGCUCCUUGGAGACCUUGAAAAACUUCACUGGUGAGCAGAUGGGCUCCUACUUUGGCUAUGCAGUGGCUGCCACAGACAUCAACAACGAUGGCCUGAUGGACUUGUUGGUGGGUGCUCCCAUGUUUAUGGUGCGAGAUUCAGAUGGGAGGUUGGAGGAGCUGGGGCGGGUCUACGUGUACCUACAGACUGGCCCUCUGGAGCUUGUACCACAGCUACCUCACCUCACUGGCACACAGACAUUUGGCCGGUUUGGCAGCUCCAUUGCUCCUCUUGGAGAUCUUAACCAGGAUGGCUUCAAUGACGUGGCCAUUGGCAGUCCAUUUGGUGGAAAGGAUCAACAGGGCCUGGUCUUCAUCUACAAUGGCUAUACUAAAGGACUCCGGGAAAAGCCCUCCCAGGUGCUUGCUGGCCAGUGGGCAUCAAAUGCCCAUCCUGCCCCACCUGCCAGUUUUGGCUUCACCCUGCGAGGAGGCAAAGACCUGGAUCAAAAUGGCUACCCAGACCUUAUUGUGGGAGCAUUUGGAGUUGACAAGGCAGUUCUGUACAGAUCUCGUCCCAUUGUGAAUGCCAGUGCUACUCUAAGCGUAUAUCCAACCAUGAUCAACCCUGAAGAGAAGAUGUGCACCAUUAGCAGUGGGAACCAGACAAUGCACGUCUCCUGUGUCAACUUGAGCUUCUGCCUUUCAGCCAAUGGCAAGCACCUUCCACAAAAUCUAGUGUUUAAUGUGGAGGUGCAGCUGGACCAACUGAAGCAGAAGCAGAAGGGAGCAGUUCGCAGGGCUCUGUUUUUGGACACUCAGCAGGCCAGUCUGCAAAGGAAUCUUACAGUAGCCAACGAUGCUAGAUUGUGUCACGAGACCAAAAUCUACCUGAGGGAUGAAAAGGAGUUUCGGGAUAAGCUCUCCUCCAUCUAUAUCGCUCUUAACUUUAGUCUGCAUCCACAAGCUGCCGCAGACAAGCAUGGCUUGCGCCCCAUCCUCAACUACCAGACGACUGAGCUCAUCGAGCAGAAGGCCCAGAUUUUACUGGACUGUGGAGAGGACAACAUCUGUGUCCCUGACCUGAAACUUUCUGUGUAUGGGGACAGGAAGGAAGUGUUCAUGGGUGAUGACAACUCGCUGACCCUGACCUUUAACGCCCGGAACGAUGGAGGAGGGGCUUAUGAAGCCGAACUGUAUGUGGUGCUUCCUCCAGAGGCAGACUACAGUGGAAUUGCCCGCAAUAAUGAGAGUCUGACUCAGCUGACCUGCAGUUAUGAGACAGAGAACCAAACACGUUAUCUCAGCUGUGAUCUGGGAAAUCCCAUGAAGUCUGGCACCAAUCUGUGGGCAGGCCUGCGGUUCACAGUGCCACGACUGAAGGACACUCGCAAGGUGGUGCAGUUUGACAUGCAAAUCCGCAGUAAAAAUGAGAAUAAUUCCCAGAGUGAGGUUGUCCCCUACAAGUUGGAGGUGGUGGUGAAGGCUGAUGUUAUUUUACAGGGUGUGUCCCGACCAGAUAAGGUCUUCUUCCCGCUUCCGAACUGGAGAGUGACCAAGAAUGUGGCUGUGGAGCAGGAAGUAGGGCCUCCAGUGCAGCACAUCUAUGAGUUGGUGAAUAAUGGUCCUAGCCGUAUCAGUCACACAGUCCUCCAGUUGAAGUGUCCUAUGGGGCCUAAGUUCAUGUACCCGCUGGAAGUCACCACGCAGGGGCCUGUAAACUGCACCACACACAAUGUUGUCAACCCUUUGAACCUAAAGCUUCAGCAAUCAUCCACGGAGCAGCCACCUUUGUUGAACCAGGAGCAUCACAUUGAAAAGCGGGAAACACACAAGGGAGAGCUUGCGGAACUGACAAACCUGUCCUGCUCCAGUGUAGAGUGCUGGACCCUGCAGUGCAACGUGGGUCUGCUGGAUAAAGGGACCAGUGCAAUUCUGCAAGUGCGCUCACGUCUUUGGGCCGAAACAUUCAUUGCGAAGUCAUAUAAGAAAUUUGUUCUUGAGUGCUUGGCUAGUUUCAAGGUGGAAAAGAUGCCUUAUGCCAUUUUACCCAAGGAGAAUCCCAGUGGAGCUAAAAAGGUGGUCACCCACGUGGGGUGGAAUAAACCAGACAGUCAGUAUGAUGUGCCACUGUGGAUCAUCAUUCUGGCUAUACUGGUUGGACUUCUGCUGCUAGCUCUGCUUAUCUAUGUUCUGUACAAACUUGGUUUCUUCAAGAGAACACCGUAUGGCACUGCCAUGGAGAAGGCCCAGCUGAAACCCCAGGCUGCAUCUGAGGCUUAAAUGGGCCUGGGACUAUUCAGUGAGGGAAAACCAAAGAAUACAUGAGAAGCCAUUUAAACAGAAAGAUGAAUUGCUUUGUAAAGAGGACCAGACUGCAGUAGAAGAGUAAGGAGGAAAGACCACUGGAUCUCCAUUGCACUGCACUGGAUGGAAAGACCCUAAGGACUCAAAGCCAAAUGAAUGUCUUUUGAAUUGUUCUUUUUGUUUCAUUUUUUGUUUUUGCUGUGGGUUUGGAUUUUGUUCACCAGUAAGUAGCCUGACACUCAGCUGCAAUAUUUAAGAAGAUUUUGGGAAGGUUUAACCGAAGUGAAGAACCAGGGCCUGGUUCUGUGGAAGAGGAGAGUUCAGACAGAACAGAAGGACAGAAGUUCUCCUAGAUGUUCUGCUCAAGGAAGAAUCUUCUUUUUCUACCUGCACUCAUAUAUGCAAUGUUCACAGUUUGUAGUUAACAUGUUUUUGGUGCUACCAGCGAGUGUCCAAGAUUUGUUCACUCCCUUUAAAUUUCAACCGUGGGUAGAAGACCCUCUGUUGAGCAUUUAAAGAGUUUUAGUGCAGUAUUUUACACACAACCAAAGACUUUUACAUUGUUGUUUAGUUUAUGCAUAUUUACCUGAUGAGGUAAGGCAAGCACAGACACAAAACCUCAUCAUCUUUACUUUUAUUUUCUGCUGUGUCCUGUAUUUUGUUCUGUUUGCCUUGAUGAUUAUAUGUCUAUCCUCAUAAAAGAAAGGGUUUCAGAGGAACAAGGAGGUUCCUUUUUUUCCCUCACCUCUGUUUCUCCAAAAAGUACCAAGUUGGUGUCUGUCUCAGGUGAUAAGGUGGAACAGCAGCGCUCAGAUCAGGUGUGUUGCGCUCACGGGAACUCAGAAACCCAAUCAGGGAAAAAAAUAAAAUAAAUGUUCUCCGAGCACGACCGUCCAAUCCCUGCUAACCGUCAGAGUUCAUCUGGGACAUGACUGGAUCCAUGCCAAGCCUGUGAAACCUUUAAGAAUUGCCUUGAAGCAGAGCUGUGCUUUGCCGAUAUAUACAGAACACGCUCCUGCCCCCCUCCCCAUUGGUGUGCUGCUGCUGGGGCUGGACCAGCCAGCAGAGAGUGACAGCCAUGGGUGACCGUCUACAUGGAAUCCUUCCUGUCUGUGCUGGGUGUACAAAGUGCAGGAAAGCCACUGUACACAGUAGAAUUGGGGCUGUCUCAAAGUGUAAUAGUCAGCACACCGGUCAGAUGAGUGGUUUACAGCGAACCAUGGACAAUUCCAGUCCAAGGCAGCAGUCUCACCAAGGGACUGAAUGUUAAACACACCAUUAUAGUUGUGCGUAUGCAGUCUUAAAAAUAAAGGUUCCUAAACGGUUCUCAGCUGGGACCUAUGGUUCUGGGAAUUUAAUGAAACUGAAAUUAUGUCUUCAAAUUCUUUAGACUUUGAAAAGGUUCAUCACACUUGUCAUUUGCAAAAAUAGGUUGUCACCACUAGAUGGUUCUUCAAGCAACCAAAAGAGCUUCAUGCCCUAAGGAACCCAUUUCAGAGCCUUUAUUUUUGAGUGUAGUUGUGUGAAUGAAUGUGUAAAUGUAUGUGUUUGUUAAAGAGAAUGAGAGUUAUGCCCAGUUGCUCAAUUUUCUUUUUGUACUUCCUAUGAUGAGCACUGUAGCACAAACAUGCAGGUCUAGCAAAGCAUGCUAAUGCUCCUGUACAUCAUAACAGAGCUUGGUGCCAGAGACAGAGAGGCUGCAGUCAAUUUCAUUGAUACACUUCUCUGUCACUUCAGAAGGAAAGCUACUGGGCAUAGGGAAAGAAAUCUGUAUGUAAAGUGCAAUACUGUUGUUAUUUCUCCUUUUCGACUUAUUGUAUUUUUUGCCUUUUGUCACUGUGUAUAUUCAUAUUUUACUCUUAGUAAUGUUUUCAUGCAAACAGCAACCUGUUGAACUGGGUUGAGUAUUGCCCAUCAGAAAGUGAUUAAGAGGAGAUUUUAUGACAGCUGUCAUUUGUAAAAAAAAAACAAAACAAAACCAAAAACAAAUAUUAUAACAUUAAGCCCCACACUUUAUGGUUCCAAAAUUGGUUUGAAGCAUCACAGCUUUGUCGUCACAGAUUACUAUGGGCACUACACAAUCAUUCCUUAACAGUUACAGUGUUGGAGGAGAGAGGAGAUAUAAAACUGUUAAAGAGUUAAGAUGCUAUGAUCUUUGUGAUUGUUGUGCUUGUCAGAAAUGUCAUAGCUUGACUGACUAUCUUUAGUGAAUUUAUUUAAUAAGUUGUUUGAGAGCCUUGCCAUGAUUUGAUUUGAAACUCUUUUUAGACCUCUUGUAUAUUUGAGUCGAUUUAUUUCUCAUUUCAAACAUGUAUUUAUACCUCCAGAUUUUUUUCUUUGAUUUUCACAUUUUAGCAGGAGGAAGCACUGGUCAUAUCUACAUUUGUUUUUGUUUUUUCCUCCCACCCCAUUGUCCCACAUCCUUUUUCUCUUUUGCUUUUCUUUCUUUAAGUUGUAAAUAUAAUUUGGCAAGGAGAAAUUUUUCAUUUUCAGCUGAAACUCUUACCUAACAAUAAAUAAGAUCGCCCCAUAUUGGGGAGAAUUGGAGUAAUUAUUUGUAUGAUAUUUUACAGUUUGCAUUUCAAAUAAAUCUUCCAAUUUUUUACAGGUGUUAGUGUUACUUGUGGUAGAAGUGGUGGAGUCGGGCAGAGAAUUUGAAUAAAUAUUUCCUUAAUCAGUAAUCAAAUAGAUUAGAUGUUGUAAUCAGUAACCAAAUUGGUAGUAUUGGCUAACAGAGAAUAUUAAUUCUCUCACAAAGGGUAGGCCUUUGUCUGCAUAGGAGAUUCUAGACACUGGAAAGCCCCUGGGUUCACAGAGAGGCCUGUGUGUACCUACUGACCCAUUGAAUAAAGGGGCAAGUUGACCUUGAAAGGUAAAGCAGACUGGUAAAAACCUGUUGAAACCAGUUUUUAGGAGUGAGGAGCUCAUGUGAUGGUCAAAUUGAUGGACGAAGAGAUGCUAUUAUAGAAUGAGCUAAUAUCAAAAUUUGAAAAGGUGGGGGAAUAUCAAAUUACCCCAGAUAAAUGGUAUAUAAACUGUUUGGAACACUGUAUGUGCACAGUUGGGUCUCUUGAGACCCUGUGCUACCUGAUGCUGCAAUAAAGAAGAAGCUUUU